AUGGCUCCCUGUCUUAGCGUCUACGACAUUGAUUCGACAACCGGUCAACACCACAUCUUGAUUCGCCCACAAGACAAGCGAGAGAAACGAGUAGAUCGGUUCGUCGUCGACGAGGUGAAUACGAAUGAACGGCUUGCUAGGCUAUCCAUAUGGAAGAUCACCGACCCCCCCAACGGCACCCUCGUCGCUCAUCAGAUUACGUCGUUUAACACAUAUGCAACACAAUGCUGCUUUACCAUGGAUCUACGGGGAAACUACUUCGCAAGUGGACAGUACACCAUACGGAUUCUUCCAGGGAAAAGAAUACUUGGCCUUGGGAAGGAAGACAUCAGGAUCUACGCAGUUGAAUCCGACUUCAAACCAGUCUCAGGAAAGACUCCCGCACCAGUUGGCCCGCCAGCCGUACCACUCCAUACUCUAGCUUUGCCAGGGUUAAAGACGCAUAUUCGCAGCCCCCUUCAUUACGACCCUCUGAGUAACGCUUGCUUAUACCUUGCAAACGCUGAAGCAGUAGUCAAGUUAAUCAUUCCAUACGAAGACCGACCUCCGGCGACAGUGAAAUAUAUGCCUUAUACCUGGGACGACAACGACAGUUUUUGCGUGCUCAGUUCCCACCGUGCCUACGUUCAGACACGCGACCGUUUCUCCAGGAGGACGGCAAUGUUACUUGCUUAUGACAAUGAACAUUGUUCCAAAACUUGGGAGGUCCCUGAAGAGCGCGACUAUAUAUGGGGCUUCCUUCUCCUUGACGACUACUCGGGGCGAGUAGUUGAAAGGACAGGCAGGGACAAUGUCUUCGUAAACGAUUACUAG